AUGCUCGCUGGGUCUACUCCGACUGGCAGCGUGGCAUGUAGCUGCACCGGCGGAGCAGCGAGGCUCUCGCAAACCGCCACGUCGUCAAGAGGCAAGAGGCGUUCACAUCGGCCAUUCUCUCGCUUGGCUCAGUCUGCGAUCGCCUUCUUUCUCUUGUUCAUCCUCUUGCCUUGCGUACUCGCCGGUGCAGACUACUACAAGGUGCUCGGCGUCAAGCGGAAUGCAUCGAACCAGGAGAUCAAAAAGGCCUACAGACAACUCUCGCGCAAGCUGCAUCCCGACAAAAACCCAGGUAACGAGGAAGCUGCAAACAAAUUCGUGCAGGUCUCGCAGGCGUACGAGGUUCUGAGCGACGAGGAACAACGCAAGAUCUAUGAUGUCCAUGGCGAAGAAGGCCUCAAGAGACAGCAACAAGGGGGCGGUGGCUUCCACGAUCCCUUUGACGUCUUUCGCAAUUUCUUUGGUGGCGGUCAGCAGCAGCAAGGCCAGCGCAAAGGGCCCAACAUGGUCUCAGAGGCAGAAAUCGACCUCAAGGACAUCUACGUCGGCAAAACGUUCGAUAUUGAGAUCAAGCGGAAAGGUAUCUGCGAAGCCUGCGAUGGCUCCGGAGCCAAGUCAGCGUCAGACGUCAAGACGUGUAACGCUUGCUCUGGCCGUGGCGUGCGUAUCGUUCGUCACCAGAUAGCACCAGGCAUGGUUCAGCAGAUGCAGAUGCAAUGUGACCAGUGCGCAGGUAAGGGCAAGACGGUAGCAAAGAAAUGUCCCGUCUGUCACGGGCACAAGGUCGUCGAGCAGAUCUCUCGCUUGUCGCUCGAAGUCGAUCGCGGCGCGCCAGAGAAUCACGAGCUCGUAUUUGAGAACGAAGCGGACGAAUCGCCUGAUCAUAUCGCUGGCGAUGUCAUCAUUAAGCUCAAGUCGAAGCGCACACGGGGUGGCUUCACGCGCAAGGAAGCUAACCUGUAUUGGAUGGAGACAAUCAGCGUGCAAGAGGCUCUGCUUGGCUUCAGACACAAGCUCAUGCAUCUCGACGGACAUACACUGCCGCUGUCGCGCAACGAGGUCACACAGCCAGGUUACGUUCAGGUCAUCAAGGGCGAAGGCUUGCCUCAUUUCCAGUCAGGCGGCCACGGCGAUCUGUUCGUACAAUACAACGUCGUACUGCCUGCGACAAUAUCGCCCAGCGUGCGCACAAAACUAGAAGCUGCACUGGGCAAAGUGCACGACAAAACGGAAUUGUAA